AUGCAAAUUAGGUGGAUCCUACCACAACACUAUCUAUCUAUCUAUCUAUCUAUCUAUCUAUCUAUCUAUCUAUCUAUCUAUCUAUUUCAGUCUGUUCAUAUCUAUUUCAAUCUGUUCAUAUCUAUCUCAGUGGAGCACUAUUCUUUCCUCUCUUUUAGCGUUAAUGAAGACACAAACGCGAUCGAAUAUUUACGCAUAAAGGCUCCCCAAUCAUCGCAGGUGGAACACCAUUCGUUCCUCUGCUUUCUCGUUAAUGAAGAUUCAAAAGCGAUGGAAGAUUCAUAUAUAACGUCUCUCCAACCAUCACAGGUUGAAUACCAUUCUUUUCUCACUUUUAGCAUUAAUGAAGAUGCAAACGCGAUAGAAUAUUUACAUAUAACGUCUCUCGAACCACCACAGGUGAAAUACCACUCUUUCCCCUCUUUUAGCGUUAAUGAAGAUGCAAAAUCGAUGUAA